GAGCUCGUCACAGUUCCAUAUCAAAAACAUCCGCAGUCUCAACGUGAACAGCAAGAAGCUCGAAUACUUCAGCAAUCAAAACAUAAAUAAUAAAAACCAUUCCAAAAUGUUUAAAUACGCUGUUGUUCUUUUUGCCGUCUUCGCCUGCGCUGCGGCCAAACCACACAUUCUUGCUGGCGCUCCUGUGGCUUUUGCUGCUCCAGCUCCGGUGAUCACCGCCACCAGUAGUCAAGUUGUGGCACGCAACCAUAAUGGCAUCGCUUUCGCUCCAGUUGUCGCACCAGCAGCCAUUGCUCCCGUGGCUCCACUCGCUAAAGUUGUCGCUCCUGUCGCUGCUGCUCCAUUGGCUGCACCAAUCGCACCUCUUGCCGCACCAGCACCUUUGAUUGCUCGCUAUGCUGCUGCUCCUGCACCCUUCGCCUACUCAGCUCCUUUGGCCGCUUCUUAUGCUGCACCGGCUGCUGCUUUCUCAUAUGCUCCUGCCUAUGCACCAACUCUGCGUUAUGCUGCUGCUGCCCCGGCUCUGUGGUAAUUUAACGAACUAUGAAAACCUGCAAUAGACUGUGAUAGUUUUAAGUAACAAAAGUAAAUAUAUGAAAAUAAAAUGAAUUCAUUAAUUAC